UUUUCAAAGGCGAGUUCUUCACUUCCUCGUUAAUCAUGGCGGAUGAGAAUGAGACAGCACUGAAGCAGGAGAAAGAAGUGGAGCUUGAGGAGGACCAUGGGCAUUGUAGCGACUGCGAAAAUGAAGAGCAUCAUUUCGAGGAUGGAGAAAAGGGGGACACAGGGGCCAAGAAGAAGAAAAAGAAACAGAAGAAAAAGAAGGACAAAUCUGGAGGAAAGGACUCAGCCCAGGAUCCGCUGACCAAAGUGAACUCUCUCCCUGCUGAUAAGCUUCAGGAGAUUCAGAAAGCCAUCGAGCUCUUCUCAGUGGGACCAGGACCAGCCAAAACCAUGGAAGAGGCCUCACGCCGUAGCUACCAGUUCUGGGACACUCAGCCUGUCCCUAAACUAGGAGAGAUGGUGACAACACACGGCUGCAUCGAGCCAGAUAAAGAUAAUAUCCGAGAGGAGCCGUACAGCCUUCCUCAGGGGUUCAGCUGGGAUGCACUGGACCUCGGCAACCCCGCUGUGCUAAAGGAGCUGUACACGCUGCUGAACGAGAACUACGUGGAAGAUGAUGAUAACAUGUUCCGCUUUGACUAUUCACCCGAGUUCCUGCUGUGGGCGCUACGUCCUCCGGGCUGGUUGCUGCAGUGGCACUGUGGCGUGAGAGUGAACUCCAAUCAUAAACUCGUAGGUUUCAUCAGUGCCAUCCCAGCCAACAUCCGCAUCUAUGAUAUAGAGAAGAAGAUGGUGGAAAUUAAUUUCCUGUGUGUGCACAAAAAGCUGCGUUCCAAACGCGUGGCUCCGGUGCUGAUCCGAGAGAUCACCAGACGGGUCAACCUGCAGGGCAUCUUCCAGGCUGUCUACACUGCCGGAGUGGUACUGCCCAAACCUGUGGGGACCUGCAGAUACUGGCACCGAUCUCUGAACCCACGGAAGCUGAUUGAAGUGAAAUUUUCACACCUGAGUCGGAACAUGACUAUGCAACGCACUAUGAAGCUCUACCGACUGCCUGAGGCCCCGAAGACUGGAGGCUUGAGGCCGAUGACGUUGAAGGACAUCCCGGCUGUGCACCGCCUACUGCAGGAUCAUCUCCGUCAGUUCCACCUGGCUCCAGUCAUGAGCAUGGAGGAGGUGCAGCACUGGCUCCUGCCCCAGGAGAACAUCAUCGACACCUACCUGGUGGAGACUCCUGAGGGGAAGGUGACGGACUUCCUGAGUUUUUACACCUUGCCGUCCACCAUCAUGAACCACCCGGUGCACCGCAGUUUAAAGGCGGCGUAUUCCUUCUACAACGUGCACACCACCACGCCGCUGAUCGACCUGAUGGGAGACGCGCUCAUCUUAGCCAAAUCGAAAGGAUUUGAUGUUUUUAAUGCACUGGACCUGAUGGAGAACAAGACGUUUCUGGAGAAGCUGAAGUUUGGUAUCGGAGACGGGAAUCUACAGUAUUAUCUGUACAAUUGGAAAUGCCCCAGCAUGGGCCCAGAAAAAGUCGGUUUAGUCCUGCAGUGACCUUCUUGCCUCAUCAAAGCCCUUCCUUGCAUCAUAGUGAAGCCAAGAAUCAACAUCAUGCACUGACCACCUGACUGAUGCUCCGGAGGGACUUCCAGGUUUAGGAAGAAAAGCCACCGCCCAUUUUUAUUUUUUUUUUUUAUUUCUCUCUCUGAACUUUGAACUUUUGGACCUGCACUACUGCUGCCAGGCUGUCUUCUUUUUUUUUUUUUUUUUCCUUUCUGUCUCCCCUUUACUUUUUAGUCUCUGGUUCUUUUUUUUUUUCCUUCUUUCUCCCUUGAAGCCACUGUAAUUAAUUCCAAUCGUUGACGAUCACAAUGGUUGUGUUUUUGGAUUGUGAUGAGUGCGAACCCGUGCUCAGAAACAGCAGCUGCUCCUUCACGCCUUCUCCAACGAUGCUCGGACAGUGAAGAGACUCAGUCAGGCCGUUUUCCAAAUGUUCCCCGUCCAAAUGUGAGGUGUUUUUUUUCUUUCUUUUUUUUUCUUUUCUUUUUGGGAAAAAAAGAAAAAAGAACUGUCAUCCACGCUUGGUGUUUGUAACAAAGCAAUCAAAAACACUAGAAAAUGCCUGAAACCGAGAAACGAUGAAGAAAAAAAGGCGGAUGAGGUAAUAAAACUCCAGAGUGGACAUUACAAGGGCUGCUGUCAGUAAUUUUCUCUUUUAAUUGCCAUUACAGUGUCGCUGAUUAAUUGAUGUCGUGUAUAGUGUAAGGGAGGGAUGAUGAGAUGUUUUUUUUUAUUUUUUUUAAAGUAUUUUGCUUUUAUUUGUUUGUUUUUUAAAUGUGGGAUCGCUGCUUUAUCACUAACUGACUGCCUGCGAUUUCACUGUAAUGCCAACAGAGAGAACCUGUGUAAAUACCCCAAUAACACGUAACACCAAAAUAUCAUGAAAUAAAUGACGGCUAGGACUAAUGAUUAAUCCUAAGAGGUCGAAUGCCGACUGGUGUGAAUAAUGUGUGUUGGAAAGGUGGAGAUGCACAAGGGGUUGUGUGCAGGGUUGAAAUAAAUAUUUAAACACAGAGCUGAAUUCAAUUUUUUUUUUUUUUUAAA